AUGACGCAGGGGAUGAUAAUCGCAGUACAAGGAUCAAGAAACAUGAAUGCAAGAAACAGAUUUGAGAACAGGGACAUCAUAAGCACUAUGCCAGAUGAUAUCUUAGGGAACAUUCUUUCUCGGUUGACAAUGAAAGAAGCUGUUAGGUCUAGCGUGCUUGGAACUAAAUGGAGACAUAACUGGACCUUUUUCUCUGGGGUCUUGGAAUUUGAGCAGUCACGUAGGAAUUUUCACUUGCGCCGAGAACAUGUUGGAAUCUUGACUAAAUGCAAUGUUUUUGUAAUUGAGUGGGAAAGGUUCAUGACCCAUAUGUCAAAAGUGAUGAAAUCACUGAAAAGCUCAUCCAUGCAAGGACUGAGAAUCUGCAUGGAUUUGGGUGACCCUUGGAGGGCAGCUGAAUGGGUUAAGUAUGCUGCUGAGAAGGAUGUUCAAACGUUGGACUUGGAUUUCUCAUAUCACUUCUCAGUACCAAUCUAUAAAAUGAGUGAGCUCACUAUUCACAAUGUUUUUCCAUCCAGGGGUUAUGAAAUGAAGUCACUAUGUAACCUGCGUUUGUCUUCUGUGGACGUGAGUGGUGAAGUCAUUGAGGGUUUUCUAGCAUCUUGUCCAUUGCUUGAAACAAUACGUGUGAUAAAAUCAAAACACCUCGUGCGCUUGAAAGUUCAGGGUGAGGCACUGAGACUGAAGCAUUUGGAGUUGGUUGAUUGCCACAUUAUGGAUCUUUACAUCUCUGCUCAAAAUCUCCAAACAUUAAGGUACCUAGGAGAAUUCGGAAAGUUCAAGUUUCAAAACAUUCCAAGCCUCGUGGAAGCUUCCUUUGGAGGAAUCUUUUGUAGUUUCCUGCAAUCUGACAUUGGCCGUGUUGAUUUUUAUGAAGUAUUAAUUGGUGCAGAUCAAUGUUCUGAAAUUGGAAUUGUCCAUGCCGUAUCCGGUCAGUGA